AUGUCUCUCGCUGAGUAUAUUCAGACUGUUCGAGCCGUCUUGGAGUCGCUACCCCCGCCUGAAAUUGUGACAAUGACCGGAUCAUUUGAGAGCCUCCGAACAAGGAUUGAGAGGCAAUUGAGAGAAAUUACAAACAAUCGAAGCUGGAUCAUGCCUGGUUUUAAUGGUUUCAUGGUAUUGGAUGCAUCGAUAUACUGUGACGAGUUCCAAGAACUGGCAAGAGGGCCUCAUGGACUACCAUGGGCAGUUUGGAAAGCCAUUGGCAUUACCCAUUUGAUUCACUUUGCAAUGACUGUAUAUUUCCGAGGAACUCAACGGGAAUGCAAAGUGGAGCAGUGGCAGAACAUGGGUGAGUUAGUAUUGGAAGCUAUUUACUCAGCCUACUGCCCCAAUACCUGCUUUUUCAAACCACAAGAGUGUGUCAUCUGCACUCAGCCUCUAUUCCACGAAGUGACUACGACUUGUGGACAUACGUUUCACACGUCGUGUUUGGAAAGAUGGAUGUUGGAAGAUGUGACCUGUCCUCUGUGCAGGUACGAACUGUGA